GCGAUUUCAGUGAUACAAAUGGAAUUAUUAGUUGUUUUUUUUCUUGUAAAAUUAUUAUAAAUGAUUGAUGUUUAUUUAUUUAUUUAUUUAUUUAUUUAUUUAUUUAUUUAUUUAUUUAUUUAUAAAUAAUUUAUUUAUCUAUUUGUUAAUUGGGAGUCAUUUUCAGCACUUUCUAACAAUUGGAAAAUACCUUGGCUUUACCACGACAUGUCAGCUUUUCAUCUACGAAAAAUAUUUGACCUCGAAAAAAAACCCACAGAUCCCACAGGGGUCUGUAACGGAGCAAGGCUAUAUGGAGAUUUUUGGAACUCCUUUUUGAUGUUGUCUGAACAGUGUCAUUCUAUUCCUCGGAUGUAAUAUAUUUUUCCGUAUUUGAGAGCUUCAGUCAUGGACAUUUCAGGAAUAUUUCCAAAAUGAAUUUCGUGUUCAUAUAUGUUGAUUCUACGGAAGCGUGAAAGGGCCAUUAUUACACUCUAGUACGUUUUAUUAUGUUACGGUAGCGGAAAGGAUAUAUGUAGGGAGUGAAAGUGAAUGAUGUUCAGUAGAAAAAGUUUGACGUGCAUGUUCUAAGUGGUCACAUGAUCCACUUAUAUGUUCUAUCGUGUAAAUGGGGAAGUUUAAAACACCGGAUUACUCGUAUGCGCUGUUACAAGACUGUUGUAGUUUUUUUUUAUAAAAGGAUUAAGAUGUACUUGAAAAAAUAUCCAGUAAGUGUUUUCUGCUUUUCAAAUGCAGUUUAUGAUAUACAGCGCAAAAGAUGAAUCCAUAUUGUAAUGUUGAUGAGAAGGAAUAGGCACAAUAAACAUAAGAAAUAAACUGGUGUGGAUGGCCAGGAUCAGUGUGAAGCAGGGAAGUUUGGAGUUAACUGUUCCCUUGUAUGUCACUGUGUGGCUGCUGAAACAUGCACUAGUGAUGGCAAAUGUACCUGUAGUCAACUAUGGGAUGGACCCACCUGUCAGGUGGAGUUAGAAAAUAUUGCUUUGAAAAUGAUAACAGAGCAAGGUCCAUCUACAAAGAGAGACAGAAAUAGUAGUUAUGCAGUUGAUGGUAAUAGAACUAGCAGUUCCUGGGCGCAGAACACUAAUGAGACAGGUAUAGCUUGGUGGUCUCUUGACCUUGGGAAGGAAAGCAGUAUUCACAAGAUUGUGCUGAAUUUCAAUGACCCAGAUCCAGAGGAUAGUAGUGUUGAAAAGCGACGACCUGGUUGGAGUUUGGUGUUGUCAAACACAAGCACAAAUGACAUGGCAGAUGGCAAACUGUGUUAUAAAGAUACCUCAGUUGUUCAAGCAGACCCUGUUGUGAUGCUGUCAAACUGUUCUUCAUUAGCCAGAUACAUUAAACUUUAUAAUACACGGCAAGGGCAAAAUUCAUGGUCGCGACUUCCAAAUCUAGAACUUUCUGAAGUUCAGGUUUUAUCUGAAAAAGGGUGCGUUGAAGGAACCUAUGGUGACCUGUGUGAAUACCAGUGUGGCCAUUGUGAUUCCAGAUCCUGUGACAGAGUGGCUGGGGCUUGUUUUGGUCCAUGUAUCACUGGUUUCCAUGGAGAUGGUUGUAACUCAUCAUGUUCUGACAACUGUAAGGAUCCAGGAUGUGAAAAAGCAGAUGGAAAAUGUUUGGGAGACUGUGUUGUUGGUUUCCAUGGAGAUUUUUGCAACUCGUCAUGUUCUGGUAACUGUAAGGAUCAUGGUUGUAAAAAGGAUGAUGGGACAUGUUUGGGAGACUGUGAUGUUGGUUUCCAUGGAGAUUUUUGUAACCUAACUUGUUCUAAUCAGUGUAAGGAUCCUGGUUGUGAAAAGGAUGGCAAAUGUGUUGGGGACUGUAACAAUGGAUACACUGGAAAGGCUUGCGAUCAGAGAUGUCCAAGUAACUGUGCUGAAUCAUAUUGCUUGAAAACCGGUGGAUGUUUUAGCUGCAAAGAAAAUAAACUUUAUACUGUCUACUGUAAUGUUAGCUGUCCUGUUAACUGUAAAGGAGGAUGUGACCAAAGCAAUGGAAAUUGUUUGGAUGGAUGUGUUGGGAAAUUUUAUGGGAAAAAGUGUGAAUUACCAUGCAGUAACUGUAAAAAUGGGUGCCUAAAGGACACUGGCAACUGUUCAGUUGAUGGUUGUGUAGUGGGUCACUAUGGAAGCAAAUGUGAAAAUGAAUGUGCUGAGGAAUGUGUUAAAGGUGAAGGAUGUGAAAUGCUGUCUGGGAAAUGUGGACGAUGUGAAGACACAAACUAUGGUGAUUUUUGUGAGUUGGAUUGUAAUUCAAAUUGUGUUGAUGGUAAAUGCUACAGAAAUGGAACAUGUACUGAAGGCUGCCAGGAUAAGCGAUACCAUGGCAAUAUGUGUGAUCAGAACUGUAGUAUUGCUAUAACCAACUGUGUACAGUGUGAGAAGCUUGCAGGGUCUGUGUCAUGUAUGAAAUGUAGCAAUGCUAAACAUGGAGAACAAUGUGAAAAUAGUUGUCCCAUAAACUGUGAGAAAUGUGACAGUCAGACAAAGUGUACACAUUGUUUGCCUGGAUUUUCAGGUAUUACAUGUAUGGAUAAAUGUGAAGUUAACAACUGUAAAAGAUGUAAUACAUCAGGAAAAUGUCAGACAUGUGAAGAUGGAUAUUUUGGUGAGAGCUGUGAGCAUACAUGUGCAGAUAAUUGUCAGGUAUGUGUGGCUAAGACAGAAAAUUCAAGCGAGUCCAUUUGUGAAACAUGUAAGAAAGGAUAUUUUUCAUUUAGUAAAAAUUGUAUUGAAUGCAUUGGUAAGUGCAUGGCAUGUAGCCAUAUAACUGCCUGUACGGAAUGUGAACCAGGAUAUUAUGGGACACAAUGCAGUAAGGCAUGUCCUAAAAAUUGUUUAGAAUGUACGUCAGAUGACACAUGUACUAAGUGUAAAGAUGGCUGGUCUGGGAAAAACAAGUGUCAGUGUAGUCACAAUUGCUUGCGUGAAGGUGAUUUAGAUUCGUGGUGUGUUGCCAAUGGAACUUGCGCUAAAGGCUGUAUUAGUGGAAAAUUUGGACCCAGAUGCAGUGUUGAUUGCCCAAAAAAAGAACGUUGCUUAGAAUGUGACCAAUACAGUGGAAAGUGCAAAACAUGUGUCAGUGGUUUCUAUGGUGGACUUAAUCACUGUGACAAAAAGUGUGGGAACUGUUUGCCAGAUGCUGCCGAGGAGGUUAUAUGUGAUAUAGGGAAUGGAGAAUGUAUAAGUCCUUGUGUUGAUGGGUAUUUUGGUAAUGAUUGUAAACAAAAUUGCAGCGAAAGUUGUUACACUCAUGAUAUGGGUUCCAGAAAAUGUGAGAAAACCACAGGGAACUGUGAAAAAUGUAAAUCUGGCUAUUUUGGAAAUAAGUGUGAACGUGAGUGCAGUAAAAAUUGUCUCGAUCCUAACACCAAUACAAACAGCUGCGACAAAAGCACAGGGGAAUGCAAGGCUUGUAUAGCUGGAUUUUAUGGCAAGCAGUGUUCUGAAAAUUGUAGUUUGAACUGUGAGUCAUCUCUUGGUGUAAAUGCCUGUGACAAAGAUAGUGGAAAAUGUCCAAGAUGCAAGCAAAAGUAUUAUGGUGACUUCUGUGAGAAAGAAUGUGGUGUACAUUGUGAAUCAGACUGUGAAAAGGAAACAGGGAGAUGUGAUGCAUGUAAAAGUAAGCAUUAUGGUGACUACUGUGAUUUGACAUGCCCGCAGAACUGUGGGAGUGAACCAUUUAGUAAUCCUGGAAAAAUAGUUUGUCAAAGAAGCACAGGGGAAUGUCUACAUUGCCAAUUUGGUUUCUAUGGAGAAUCUUGUACCAAGCACUGUUCAGAUACCUGCGGGAAAAGUUUGCUGACAGGAAAUAAACCUCAGUGUAGUAAAGCAGACGGCACUUGUUUGAAAUGUGAUGCCGGCUUCUUUGGUGAUUUCUGCGAAAAAGGAUGUAGCAAGAAUUGUGGGAAAGAGGAGGGAAAAAAUGGGUCAUGUGAUCGGCAUUCAGGGCAUUGUAAGCUUGGAUGCAUGCCAGGCUGGUACAACAGCACAUGUGAAAAAACAUGUAACAGCACAUGCAAAGACCACACAUGUCACUGGAAAACAGCAGAAUGUAGCCUAGGAUGUGAAAAUGAGUAUGAAGGCAUUUUCUGUGAAAUAAAAAAAGUAGAAGAUGCAACUUUGACCAUUGUUAUGGUUGUAUUGGGACUUAUUGUUGCCAUAGCAGUUGUUUUCCUCAUCGGAUUUUUCUUGUUUAGAAGAUACAACAGGAAAGCUGGUAUUAAGGCUGGUUCACAGAUAAAUGGGACAAGAAUGAACAAACAGAAUGGUAGAUCUGAGGAAAUAGGACUUGCAACAAAUGGUAAAACAACAUCAUUUGUACGAAAGCAAGGCUCUCGUCAUGCAGGUACAGAUGAGGUUAUAGAGGAGAAUGAGUCAUCCCCAUUGUUGGUUGCCAAUACCAACCAGUCUGAAUACUACAACUCAAACACACAGAUUCCUGUAUCGAUGUUUACAGAAUAUCUACAAAACAUGAAGAGGGAAAGUCCAGACUGGUACAAACAGGAAUUUCUUAAAUUGCCGAAGGGCUUGUUGAAGUCAUGUGAUGUUGCCACCAAUAUUGAAAACAGAGGGAAAUGUCGUUACAAGCAACUUUAUCCUUAUGAUGAAACUCGGGUGAAACUAGAACCUGAAGGUGAUGACCAGUCUGACUUUAUUAAUGCUUCAUAUGUCACUGGUUACAAGAAACCAAUGGCAUUCAUAGCGGCUCAGGGUCCCACUGAUAACACGGUUAAUGACUUCUGGAGAAUGAUCUUUCAGAGGGAUUGUGGGAAAAUUGUUAUGCUCACAAACUUGUUUGAGGAAUGCAAGAUGAAAUGUGUACGGUACUGGCCGGAGGCAGAUGAACCUGAAACAUAUGGGAUAUAUGAGGUUACCAUGAUUACAGAGAAUGAACUUCCAAAUUAUACAGUUAGACAUUUGCAAGCUACUCAUGGUAAUACAAAAGAGGUAAAAGAUUUCCUGCAUUUACAUUUUACGGCAUGGCCUGAUAGAGGAGUACCUGACAACCCAAGUGUGAUGCUUCAAUUUAGAGAUAAAGUUAUGAGUGAACAUUCUGACCUAGAUGGUCCUAUAUUGGUACACUGCAGUGCUGGUAUUGGACGCACAGGAACAUUUGUUGCGCUAGACUAUCUACUGAAACAAGCUCAUGUAGAACCAAAAAUAGAUGUGUUCAGAACAGUCACAGAUAUGAGAUACCAAAGAACAAACUUUGUUCAAACUGAUAUACAGUAUGACUUUGUACACAAUGCAAUAUCUGAAGCCCUCAACACAAAGGAGUCUGAGGUGACAGAAGAACAGUUUAGUCAGUAUUAUUAUUCUAUGCUGGAAACUUGUCAAGAUUCUGGCAUUACAAAACUGCAAGAUCAGUUUGAGAUGUUACAUCAGAUGUCACCAGUGCUAGAUGAGAGUUGUUUCCUCGUAGGUCAGAAAGAAGAGAAUAUACUGAAAAACCGGCACCCUGAUAUACUGCCUCUUGAUGUAGGAAGAGCAUAUCUGUCUACACCAGUUAAAGGCUCAAAUGAAUAUAUUAAUGCCGUCUUUGUGCCAACAUGUUCAAACAAGACUGGAUUCUUGAUCACCCAAAUGCCAUUACCCCAUACAGUUACAGAUUUCUGGCGAUUGGUGUAUGACCAACAUGUAUGCAACAUUGUCAUGAUGAAUAAUGUUGAUGAUGAUGAUGAGACAAUUGGGGAGUACUGGCCCUCUGAUGACAGUACAUAUGGUCCAUUCAGGGUAGAACUGCUCAGUUGUGAUAAUAAUGAAGACUUCUCAGUCAUGACCAUACAGCUUACACACUCUUCACUGAGUAGACAGACAACUAUGAAGGUAAAGUUGUUCAGGUAUGAGGGAUGGUCAGACAGUGAGAUGUUACCACACACCACUACAUCCUUAACCUCUCUAAUCAGUCAAGUGUCAAGGUCAUCUAGGGAUUCAAAAACAGAACCAAUAAUAGUUCAUUGCAUGGACGGAGCUGAGCGUAGUGGACUGUAUUGUGCUGUGUCUUCUGUACUAGAGAGAUUGCAGAUGGAUAAGAAAAUCAACAUUCCUCAAACUGUAUUACAGCUCAGAGCUAGAAGGCCUCAACUCAUUAAAACAUUUGAGCAGUUUGAUUUCUGUUACCGUGCGGUGUUGGAUUACUUGGAUUCCACGCAGAUUUACUCGAACGUCUUGUAGACUGUACUUGGCUGUCUUUUAGACUGGUUAAUUUCUAGAUUUGUGUGACACAUGUCAGCUGGACUUAGUUUACAGAUCUGCUAGAAUAUACAGAUAAUUGGGAAUUCAGAGUAGUAACAGAAAGUGUUGGACUGUCAUAUUCUACAAAUAUUAUCUUUCAGUUUUCUGUGAUGGAUGUUAAAUUAGAGACAUAAAAUUAUGAUAGAGAAAGGAUACGUUAUCCUGUAGAGCAGGAGAAAAAAAAAACUAGUUAUGUGCAAGAUAGGUGUAUUUUAUGGAAUUUGUCUUGUAGCUAUGUUGUUAUGUAUAUUACUGUGAGUUUAAGAACAGGCUUAUAAUGUUGGUUUUAAAUUACUUGCUGGUCGUAUAUUUGUAGAACUUAAGAUUCAUUUUAGCUUUAUUAUGUCUCCCCAGGAGACAUAUUGUUUUUGCCCUGUCCGUCCGUCUGUCCGUCCGUCCGUCCGUACGUCACACUUCAUUUCCGGGCAAUAACUGGAGAACCAUUUGACCUAGAACCUUCAAACUUCAUAGGAUUGUAGGGCUGCUGGAGUAGACGACCCCUAUUGAUUUUGGGGUCACUCCGUCAAAGGUCAAGGUCACAGGGGCGUGAACAUUGAAAACCAUUUCCGAUCAAUAACUAGAGAACCACUUGACCCAGAAUGUUGAAACUUCAUAGGAUGAUUGAUCAUGAAGAGUAGAUGACCCCUAUUGAUUUUGGGGUCACUCCGUCAAAGGUCAAGGUCACAGGGGCCUGAACAUUGAAAACCAUUUCCGAUCAAUAACUAGAGAACCACUUGACCCAGAAUGUUGAAACUUCAUAGGAUGAUUGGUCAUGAAGAGUAUAUGACCCCUAUUGAUUUUGGGGUCACUCCGUCAAAGGUCAAGGUCACAGGGGCCUGAACAUUGA